GCAUGCGGGGACUUCUCUCUUCCAGAGUUCUGCUACAAUGGUGGAAUAUUUGAUGGGGUCAAAUGCAUCUGCAAUGAGGAUUUAUUCUAUGGGCCCAAGUGUGAGUUCCCUAUGGAUGAGAUCUCUAUCGAAGAAUUAUCUGUGCCUAUUACAGUUGAAGCCCAGGUGAAGGUUGAUAACAAGAAAUAUAAUGAAACGUUGGAAAACCCAAGCUCACCAUAUUAUAAGGAAAUUGAAACUCAGUUUAGGCAUCAGAUGAAAAACAUAUAUAAAAAUAUCCCUGGAUAUGAUGAUGUGAAGGUUAUCCGUAUGAGUAAAGGCAGCAUUAUUGUGAUCCAUGAAGUCAUCUUCCAAACUAUAGUAACAAAUGACCUGUCCAUGAUUAAGAAGGAGUUGGAGAGUAUUAAAGAUUCAGUGAAGCAGAGGCUGGAUACCAUCAAUUCCACCCAGGAGUGUAAUGACACUUCAGGUAAGUGCUGGCUGGAUAAAACUCUUUGAUUUGAGUGGAAGGUU